GGCGUAACACAUUUUGAUGCCAUAUAACAUGCCACCUUGGUGUACAAUGCAUAAGAGCAAUUACCUUUUAAGUUUAUUGAUUCCUGGGCCAAAAUCUCCUGGUAAAGACUUUGAUGUCUUCUUAAGGCCACUUGUAGAUGAACUUAAAGUUUUAUGGCAUGAUGGGGUUGAAGCAUAUGAUGGAUAUUCAAAAGCUCCUUUUACUCUUUAUGCCGCAGUAAUAUGGACGAUUAGUGACUUCCCAGCUUAUGCUUACUUGUCUGGGUGGAGCACUAUGGGCAAAUUGGCAUGCCCAAUAUGCUUAGAGGAUACUCGUUCUAACAGGAUUCGUGGUAAACAAUGUUAUACAGGGCACCGAUGUUUUUUAAGUAAAACACACAGGUGGAGAAAGAACUUAGAGUUUGACGGAAAGCAAGAGAAAAGACAACGACCUCGUCAAUUUACAGGUGAUGACAUUUUGCGACAGGUGGCGGAUAUACCUACAUGCACUACCGGAAAAGCACCUAGUAAUGAGGAUAGGAAGCGUAAACGAGGUUCUGAUGAGUUGAACUGGUCAAAAAAGAGUAUAUUGUUUGAACUUCCAUACUGGUCUAAAUUAUUGGUGCGUCAUAAUCUCGAUGUCAUGCAUAUAGAAAAAAAUGUAUGUGAUAAUAUAGUAGGGACAUUGUUAAAUGAUCCUGUGAAAUCAAAAGAUACUACAAAAGCACGUUUAGACUUGGAGGAUCUUAACAUUCGCAAGGAACAGUGGUUGAAAGAGAGAAAUGGAAGAUUUGAGAAACCUCAUGCUAAUUUCACAUUGACUAAAGAGGAAUGUGUGGAGUUUUGCAAAUUUAUCAAGUAUGUUCGCCUACCCGAUGGCUAUGCGUCCAACAUCAGUCGAUGUGUGACGGACCAUAAUACACUUGGUGGGAUGAAAACACAUGAUUGUCAUGUAUUGCUUCAGAAAAUACUCCCGGUAGCCAUUCUCCCUUUCUUAAAUAAGGAUAUACGUGAAACUUUAAUCGAGUUUUGCCAGUUCUUUCAAAAAAUAUGCUCUAAAACUCUAUAUGCUAAAGAACUUGAGGAUAUGAAGACCGGGAUUGUUAUUAUAUUAUGCAAACUUGAGAAGAUAUUUCCUCCUGCAUUUUUUACAAUCAUGGUUCACUUGUGUGUACAUUUACCUGAAGAAGCAUUAUUAGGAGGCCCGGUAAGUCAAAGAUGGAUGUUUGGGAUUAAACGUCGUAUGGGUACGUACAAGGGAUAUAUUCGUAACUUUGCACGUCCUGAUGGCUCUAUUACUGAAGCGUAUGUUGUUGAUGAGGCUGUCACAUUUUUAUCUCGUUAUGUAGAUGAUAUCGAGACAAGAUUCAACCGUGUAGAACGCAAUUGGGAUGUAACGACCACUAAACAUGAGAUGGAUUUAUUCAAUAAUAAAGUUCGGGCUUCGAAAUUCGGACAACUUGGGGAAUAUCUUCAAGUGGUGCAAUGGUAUAUCUGCAAUAAUUGUGGGGUUGAACUUGGCAGUUACCUAAAGGAGCAAAAAGAAGCUUUAUCCUCAAGAGGUAUAAGGGAAGCAAAUUUAGAUACUAUACAGAAACAAGAGUUUCCCUUUUGGUUCAAGAACAAGAUGGCUUUGCUGAGAGUCAAUGGUGAUCCUCGAGCAACCGAUGAUUUGUAUGCUUUAUCGCAAUUUCCUGAUGAUCGCUACACUAGUUGGCAAAGUUGCAUCGUCCAUGGUGUUAGAUUUCGUUGCAAGGAGCGUGAUGACAGGUUCACUACACAAUGUAGUGGAGUUUCUGUAGGGGGUGAAGAUGAAGCAAUGAUUUAUUAUGGUAUUUUACUUGAAGUUUUGGAGUUGGAUUUUAUACUCGGUAGAAAGGUAUUCAUGUUUCGUUGCAAGUGGUAUAAUACUGAUCCAAAGGGAAAAAGGAUGGUGGUUAAUCACAAAAUGACAUCAAUUGACAUUACAUCUAAGUGGUAUGUAGACGAGCCAUUUAUUUUUGCUAAUCAAGCUCAACAAGUUUUUUAUCUGAAUGAUUAUGCACGUGGGAAGAACUGGAUGGUGGUACAGAAAGUACACCAUCGCAACAUAUAUGAUAUACUUGAGCAUGAUGAAGAUGAAGUAUUGAUGAAUGAUAUAUUUCAAGAAGAGGAAUCUAGUGAGUUGCCACCUUUUCAACCAACCGAAGAAUUACCUGAAACAUCUCUCGCAGUUCGAAAUGAUGUAGAACCUGAAACAUUACCAUACGAGGAAGUUCUUGCAAUGCGUAAUGUAAAUGCCCCUGUGGAUGACUUAGAAGCUUUCUAGGCUGCUGUCCAACGUCUCGCUGACUGAUGAAGGGGAUAAAUGGAGCUGGUCUUUGGACUCAAAUGGGUUAUUUUCGGUCAGUGGGUUGAGGAGUUGCUUGGUUCAAAACAACCAAACGGCUGCAGCUACCGUCUACUCGUGGAAUUGAUGGAUUCUGCUCAAGGUUAACUUUCUAGUGUGGAGGUUAAACUUGAACAGACUAUCAACGCGGGUGUCUUUGUUAAGGAGAGGCGUACAAGUGCCAUCCGCUUUGUGUGAGUUGUGACGAGAUGAAGAGGAGUCUACCGAAGACGUUUUCUGCACAUGCUUGUUCAUGCAAAAGGUUUGGGAUGGAAUUGCGAGGUGGUGCACACUUCCAGCCAUUUAUUUUUUUUGGCCUGGGUGAUCCGGUAAAUUAUCAUCUACAUGUGCUGGGCUCAAAAGUCUGGAAACAAUUGAUAUACUCAGGUCUUUCAAACGACGAUUUGGUGUAUUUGGUCGAGCAGAAAUAACUUGGUGUUUGAGCGGGGGAAGUGCUCGCCUGAAAGGGUGCUGGAAGAACCAAAGACAUGGGGUUUUUGUGGAUAAAACAUCGAGCGAAAGCGACGACAUUGACAUGGAAAAAGUGGAGUGAUUUUGAUGUUUCUUGCUUUGGUGUGUACUGUGUAAUGUUGUAGUUGUACUAGUGUAUGGUACUUAACGUGGUUAACACAAUUUUGUUGACCUGUUUUAUAAUAAAAUUUAGC